AAUAGUAGAAAGCGCAAAAAUAUUAAAUGAUUGGUGAAUUCUUAAACAUUUACUGCGUUUUUCUUUCAAAUUAAACUUGGUAUCCUUCAUAAGAACCAUUGUUUUCGGCAUUCAUUCAUCCUUUUUGGAAUAUUAAAACCAAAUUAUUUAUUGUGGUAAAUCAUAUUUGGGAGUAAGAGUGCAUCUUUAAAUUAACCAGCCAGGUUUCAUUGGUGUCCGAUCGCGUCGACGUGAAAGAGUGUACAUCACAUCAUACACUGUCAACAUGCAAUUCUUAAUUAUCGUGCAAGACUGUAUACCACUUCAUCAUAAAUUCAGAUAAAUGCUCAUAUUAUGUUUCAUAUUUGUAUUGCAGUACAAAAUUGAAAUGUUUCUUUAGCAACUCAACCGCUGCACCGGGUACCGCACGACACGGUUGUAUUACCUACUUGAACAGUAUCAGAUAGUAGAGUAAGCGAUUCGUUCUUUGGCACGCAAGCUCGCCUAUGCUAAACAAGGAUUUGCGGUUUAGAAUUUUUGGUUAGAUUGUAGUCGGGUAUUGCGCAAUUCAUUUGUCCUUGAAUGUCGCUGUGCAUAGCUGCGUUUGUGUGUAUUGGAAUUGCGUUUUAACUUUAUAUAAAUAAAUCGGGACGGUCUCUCUGCCAAAGUGGUGACCUUAAAGACAAGCGCGAUUUGGCACCCGUCCCGCGGAACACUCCCAUGUAGACUGCGAUAAACAGGCGAAUUGAAGAACUACAGCGAUUAAACGUCCGCCCUCACGCGCUCCGUAGUCCAUUCCCUCGGCCUCGGAUCUCACUGGAUACCCUGGCAAUGGCCGACAUCUGGUCCCUCCCUCUGGCGUACAUGCCCCAGGCCGUUCGCGAGAAGAUUGCUUCACGAGUGGACAGCUCAUCAUCAGAAACGUUUUUCCUCCUGGCAGAACAUCUUGGGCUCUCCCCCGUCCAUAUUAGUGCUAUUUAUAACCGAUCCAGGGGCGACACAACGGUAGAUUCAAGUCCCACUAAAUACCUUUUCCGACAUCUAGGAUGUAAGUGUGGAUACACUGUCGGACAUGUCCAAAGAGCUCUUCUAAAGCUUGAUGGACACUUUGCCGCAGAUGUCAUGCAAGAUGAUUAUCAUCAACGCCUUCUAGCCAGGAGUUUACAGAUGCACUUCCCUCGAUAUCCAGAAACUGGAAGAUCCGGAGUUCCUGGAUCGGAACCAUCCAGAUGUAACUGCCCCGCAUGCGUAAGCCAAAACGCAAGAUCGACCCAAAAUGGCGAGUCCACACCCCAGUCAAGAAAUGAGACUGGUCGUUGCCAGGACUCCCAUUGUUCGUGUGGUGAGGCACGUGCUCCUACCGAUCGCGAAAGAAAUUCGCCCCGAACCGUAAAACGCAGUGACAGUUUUGAAAUAAACGAAUCCCUUGCCAGGGAAGUUUUACUGAACAAUUCGGAAGAGGAUUUUAACCCCCUAGCAAAUUAUGAAAGACGCAGCCCUGAUGGUUCAGCUAAUUUUAACGAGAUCGAUCCUAUGAGACUUUCUUUUUCAUCCCUUACCUCUUCGAGUGAACAAGAGGUUGACAGCGAAGAGACAAACAUUAAAACUCCGGCCAGUGAUAGAACUAAUAGCAAAACAGUAUGCAGUGACGAAACUAACGUUAAACGUACCAUGUCUUCUAGAGAUGUACGUAGCUCAAAUUUGACUUUAGAUGACAAGAUCAGAAAAAUAAACGUUGUUUGUGAGAAAGGUGAGCAUGGUCUAGGAUUGGCGCCGAAUAGUUGCGACAUGUGUAAGCAGUUCAGACUGAGCUUGAUAAAUUCUGAAAAGCAACCUGCUCAAUUGAAGUCUGGUGGUAAUUUGAAGAAUGGACAGCCUGAAAAAGAUGCUGUGGUCAAAAGGAAAGCUCCUAACGUUGACUUCAAUUCUGCCAGAAACUCUUGGCCUCCCCGAAGCUUUGAUAUGCAACCGAACAUGCUGGUUGACUCGGAAAAAAGUGUUUCUGAUAAAUCAUCGUUGUCGUCAGCUCGCUACAUCUAUUCCAGACAGCCUGCUCAGGAGAGUAUCUUAGAAAGUAACAGUGAAAGAAGCAACUGUUCCAGAAUAUUUCAAAAUAACCUUGACAUUGAUGAACAUGAUCAAGAUAAUGAUGAGGAACAUGUAAGAAAUGACAGACAUACUCAGUCGUCAAGGCUGAACAUACAACAAAGCGAUUCAUCUAAUAAUAUGAUAUCAAAUAACAGUGCACCGCCACCCAGACUCUUGUCAACCCGUUCUGAUGAAGCUGUUUGGGCGAAAAGAAGGAAAGUGUUUGUUACAUAUAGUUGGAACGCCAAUGAGGAUGAUGUUAGGUUUCUAGAGGAAGUAAGCAGGCUGUGUGGGGCUAUAGACCGCAGUGGGGCUCGGAUAAGAAUAGACUGUGACGCUGAAAGCUUUGCAAGACGGAGAUUGAAUCGUUUGGACUGGCUCGAUCACCAAUACAGAACGGCGGACUGGAUACUUGUCUGUAUUUCACCGACUUAUUCCGCUGACAUCAAACCCGACAACAACACCGCAAAUCCCAGAGAAAGCCAGUUAAAUACGCGCUCUAUUUAUGAUAAAAUUCGACUAGAAUACCACAAGAACAACUCGAGGAACAGACGUGCAAUUCCUGUGCUCUUUUCCAACUUUGGGACGACCCAAAACCACGUCCCCGACUGCAUGAGCACGACAAUACCAUUCCAAUAUCCGGCGCACGAAAAUGAAAUAGUUCAAUCGAUUUUUAAUCACGCUGUCCCCUUCCGUGAUGAAUAGACUAUGGAACAAUACAAAGUAAUAUAUUUGAAGUUUCACCUAACAAUGUUAUGAACGAUUGUCAUUGUUCGCCUCGAGGAACUUGGAUUGUCAUAGUAUGAUAUAACGUUUAAACAAACACUGAACCUUACGUUAUUCUUAUAUGGAAGGUCUUAAGUGCGUUACUUUUAUGGCUCAUCGUUGAGCUUAUGCACGACAGAUCAUAGUUUUAAAAGCACUGCUCAGCAAAAACUCAUUUGAUCAUAUUGAUCAGAAAUUUAUUGAAAAUUUAUUGAAAAGAUUGCUCACCAAAUUGUAAUAUAUAUCUCAUCAAAGCAUAUGCUUGUUUUACAUACCAUUGUUAUGAAUUCAUUCACCGUUUUGUUAAUUGUCAGGAGUGUUCGGUCACCCGUUCAUAGUGUAUUUAGGAAAUAGGAAUAAAAGAACACUAAACCUCA